AUGCGUGCAAACGAUGCGUGCAAACGUAGUCCAGAAAAGAAUGCAUCGUUUACUGUGGCACAGGAUGCGUGCAAACGUAGUCCAGAAAAGAAUGCAUCGUUUACUGUGGCACAGGAUGCGUGCAAACGUAGUCCAGAAAAGAAUGCAUCGUUUACUGUGGCACAGGAUGCGUGCAAACGUAGUCCAGAAAAGAAUGCAUCGUUUACUGUGGCACAGGAUGCGUGCAAACGGAGUCCAGAAAAGAAUGCAUCGUUUACUGUGGCACAGGAUGCGUGCAAACGGAGUCCAGAAAAGAAUGCAUCGUUUACUGUGGCACAGGAUGCGUGCAAACGGAGUCAAGAAAAGAAUGCAUCGUUUACUGUGGCACAGGAUGCGUGCAAACGGAGUCCAGAAAAGAAUGCAUCGUUUACUGUGGCACAGCAUGCGUGCAAACGGAGUCCAGAAAAGAAUGCAUCGUUUGCCGAAAAACAUCUCCAGAUUUUAAAGAAAAAAUGGCAAGAGAUGAACCUGCUUCCUCGCCACCGAGGGAUACAACCAAACUAAGAAAUGACUAAUAUUAUAAGAACGCUAUUUAAGACGCAAAUAUGGUCAGCAUAACUGGAACACGACGUGGAACACAACGCCAGUGAAAU